CUGUGUAGGCCCAGUGAACCAAAACAUGGGCCGAAAGCGUCGACCGGAGGGAGAGGCUUCAGCGCCGCCGCCGCCGCCGCCGCCGCUGCCCAACGCGGCGAGUGAGGAUGAGAGAACCUGCCGCAAUGCUUUCGUCGAGUUCAUGACCAAGGUGGCUCGGUUCGAGGAGCUAGCUGAAUCUGGGAAGCGAUUGUUCGUGGGAUUUCGUCAGGAACUUGAUUAUUUUCAGAGGCCGCCGAUUCCGACCGAAUCAGAUGUCAUGAAUCAGAUACUUAAAUCUAACUGCACUGGCAGAAUGAGGUCCUAUCUUGAAGCUGGUUGCAGGCUUCACUGCCAAAAUAUCUCAAACAUAAAUCAGUUACGUUCAUGUGAAGACGGACUUAAAGAUCAUAUAAACAAAGUUAAGGCUUUGCUUGAAGAGCUUGAAUGUCUAGUUGAGGAUGUCUAUGGAAUCACACUAACAGCCAGUUUAAGUGCUCUAGAAGUUUCAGACAGUCAUAGCAUUGACAGAAAGCUGACUACUGAAUCUUGUGUCAUGGAGGGUGUCUCUACACUACAGGAGGAGGAUAAAAGUGUAGAUGAAUUGGAUAGCGAUGUAUCAUAUGUUACAGUGAUGGUCAUCAUUCGCAACAUGUUGAAGCUUGACUAUAUGAUGCAGGAAAGGAUUGUCGGCGCUUUAUCCAUUAAAGCACCGUCAUUAGAACUCCAGAGCUAUUGCCUCAUGUGGGAUUUGCGCCCGUACAUCGACGACAAUGUGAUGCAUCUUGCAUGGAAAAUGUGCCCAUGAAGUUUUGCCAUUCACAGUGGGCAAGGGGAUGGAACAAGCAGCAAGUUAUUCUUUGUUAAGGAGAACUCAUGCCGCAGUUUGAGCAACUGGGCGAGAUGGAUGCCUCCACAACCAGUUAAUGCCCUGGCAGAAGAUUGGUUCUCAACAGGAUGUAUGUGGGAUUGUAGAUGGAUAGAAAUGUGUGUGCUCUUGAUUGUGCUACGGAGGAACCAUAAUUUGUCAAACUGAUGUCUGUUGUCAUCAAUGAAGUGUUGUGGUUUCCGAGUUGCGUUCU